UCUCUAUAAGCAUCCACGUCUCUUUCUUCUUCUUCUCUUCUUUCAUUUUUCAAUCACAAUGCAAUAGGUUUCAAUCAAUUACACUAACUGCCCGUAAGCGAGAUCCAACAGAUCGUCAUUUUUCGAAUCCAAUAGAAGAAGCCGCCAUGACCGGGCAUCAAUUGAAGCUCCGGUCAAUUGCGGCCGUGACUUUGAUCUGUUUUCUUGCUUUCUGGCCGAUGAUGAGUAUCGGGAUUCGCUUCUUCCCCAAAUCUAGUUCCGAUACGGAUACGUAUCUGACCCGGUUCAGAGAGGCGCCGGAGUACCGUAACGGAGGCGAUUGUCCGGCGAGGUCUAACAAUGAGCUGGUUUCUGGUUGCUAUCCGAAACUUGUACACGUGGCGAUGACCCUCGAUUCAGAAUAUCUCCGGGGAUCGGUGGCAGCAGUUCAUUCCGUCCUCCGCCAUGCGUCGUGCCCGGAAAAUAUAUUCUUCCAUUUUAUUGCCGCCGAAUUUGACUCUGAAAGUCCAAGGGAUCUACACCGAUUGGUUCAAUCCACCUUCCCAUCUCUGAAUUUCAAUGUGUACAUUUUCCGGGAAGAUACAGUAAUCAACUUGAUUUCAGCUUCGAUUCGACAGGCAUUGGAGAAUCCGUUGAACUACGCUAGAAAUUACCUCGGCGAUAUACUCGACCCGUGUGUGAAACGUGUAAUUUAUCUGGAUUCCGAUGUCGUCUUAGUUGACGACAUUCAUAAGCUAUGGGAGAUUAAUUUAAGUGGGUCUCGAGUAAUCGGAGCGCCGGAGUACUGUCACGCGAAUUUCACAAAGUAUUUCACGGAUUCAUUCUGGUCGGAUCCAGAUCUGUCGGAUGUAUUCGAGUCGCGGCAGCCUUGUUAUUUCAACACGGGAGUGAUGGUUAUGGAUCUGGAUCGGUGGCGGGAGGGUAAACAUCGGCGUAAGAUAGAGAACUGGAUGGAGAUCCAACGGGGAAGAAGGAUAUACGAAUUGGGUUCAUUGCCUCCAUUCCUUCUAGAGUUCGCCGGGGACGUGGAAGCGAUAGACCACCGAUGGAACCAGCACGGUCUUGGCGGCGAUAACGUGCGUGGAAGUUGCCGGUCGCUUCAUCCAGGUCCGGUGAGCUUGUUGCAUUGGAGUGGAAAGGGGAAACCUUGGGUAAGGCUCGACGGUAAGAGACCUUGUCCGUUGGAUUAUCUCUGGCAGCCGUACGAUCUUUACAAGGCUGAUGAUGAUCAUGAUACUCAUAAAGGGGGGAAGAGAAAGAAUGUGGAAUCGGCUUUGGAUAUGUAGAAUCCGGUCCGGACCGGUCCGAUCCGGUCCCGGGGUGUAACAUUAUUAUUAUUAUUAUUAUUCAAAUUCAAUUUCCACCAUGAUGAUCGGUAUCUGAUUCUUUGCAGCUUUGUACAGAUUGAAUUUGUUGUUUAAAAUCCUCAUAAAGAAACGAAUAUCUUUCCAAGUUCCUCUCUUGGAACAGUUUUGGGAUAUACACUUGAUUAGAGUGUCGGUUGUUCAUUCAUUUUCAAAAAUAAUCUUUAUUUAUUUCAUAUAUAUUUAUUGU